AAAAAACAGGCUUUCCCAUUAACAAGUGGCUCACCAUUCUCUUCCUCAAUACACAAUAUAUCGAUCAACAAAAAUGCAUAAAUCACUCUUGUUGUUGGCACUCUGUGCAGCUGGUGCACUUGCUCAGGGAGAUUACCAUGUUGAUGUCACAAACAACGCAGGCAGGACAAUCACUUUCUACGACUACACUGGCUUCAGAGUGUGCAAAUGCCUCAAGAAUACACAAACGGCCAAGAUCUACAACAGGGACGGAGGAGAUGUUAAGCUAUUCUCAAGCACUGAUUGCACUGGAAGCUAUACUCCCCUUGCUCAGGGCAAGACCCAAUAUAGUGCACAGUGGGUGUACAGCAUGUCCUUUGGCAAGUCUGGCAUUUCCUCAAGGGACCCAACUUCAUGCCCUAACUACUUUGGUUAAUUCAAAAAUCAAUAAAAACAACUGAAAGCGGGCAGCACUUUGGUGUGGGCCACUUAUGAGUGUGAACUAAUGUACAGUACAAUUCUCACGUAUGAAAAAAAAAGUGUGAUACUGGAGCGAUGCAGCAUUCAUAUCCUGCAGCAACACAUACG